GACUGAUUAAUAUGAAAAUUAAAUAUAUAAUUAUUUUACUUUACCACUCCCUAUAUUUUAGCUCUUAAGAUUGCUUUAUAUACCGGUAGUAAGUGUGGAAAAAACAUAUACAUAUAAUCGUAGCACGUUAUAAAACAUGCAAAAAGGUUUUCUCAAUAUGCAAGAAAAAAAUAUUUUACAUGGACCGCCAUUGCCCGAUUUGGAAUUCAAGAAUAUAACAUUAGGACAAUUGAUAUUAAAUCAAUUAAGUAUUCGUGGUUCUUGGGUAGCACAGAUAAAUGCUUAUACAGGAAAAUCACAAACUUUUAAAGAUAUUUUAGACAUUAGUCGGAAAUUGGCAAUUGCCUUUAAUAGAGAAGGGCUAAAAAAAGAUGAUCGAAUAGCUAUAUGUAGUGAAAACAAUCUAGAAUUUUGUCCAGUUGUAUGUGCUGCAUUUUACUUAGGUAUUACUGUCUGCCCAUUAAAUCCACUUUAUACAGAAAGGGAAUUAAAACAUGCAUUAAAUAUAUCAAAACCAAAAUACAUUUUUGUAUCAGCAAUCGGAGCAAAGAACAUAUACAAAGUUAUUCCUCAGUUAUUCUGGUUACCAAAGCUUAUAAUGUUAACAGAAGCCAUUAACAGUAAAUUACCAAGUAUUAAAACUCUAACAUCAAACAUAAUUAUUGACAACAACUUCCAUGCCUGUUCUGUAGAUGUUAAUGAUCAUGUGACAGUUAUUUCAUGCUCUAGUGGCACUACAGGAUUGCCAAAAGGAGUAAUGUUAACAGACAAAAACUUUUUGUCUGUGAUAAAAAAUCUUGCAGUUGCAUCGCCUAAUAUUGUAAAUACCAAUACAACAGGUUUAGCUUUAUUACCAUUCUUCCAUGUGUAUUCCUUUUCCGUGAUGCUGGUAGCACUCGUUUUUGGAAAUAAAAACGUAAUUCUUCCACGUUUCGAAGAGAAACUAUUCUUGCAUGCCAUAGAAAAGUACAAAAUCGAGCACAUAACUGUUGUGCCACCACUUAUGGUGUUUUUAGCGAAACAUCCUAUUGUAGAUAAAUAUAAUUUAUCUAGCAUUAAAGAGAUUUGGUGUGGUGCUGCGCCUUUAUCUGAGGAAAUUGCAAAGAUGGUCGUAAAGAGAUUAAAUAUGCCAAUAAUAAAGCAAGGAUAUGGAUUAACAGAAACUACUUUGGCAGUGAUGAAUUCACCUGAUAAUAAUACAAAAUAUACAAGUGUAGGAACAUUAGUUCCAGGAGUAUCAGCUAAAGUAAUACCAAUUGAUGGAGAUGAAUCAAGUAAACCCCUAGGACCAAACAAUGUAGGAGAAUUAUGUUUCAAAGGAGAUAUAAUAAUGAAAGGGUACUGCGAUAAUGAACAAGCUACCGCGGCAACAAUCGAUAAAGAUGGUUGGUUGCACUCAGGAGAUGUAGGAUAUUACGACGAACAGGGCUAUUUCUAUAUAGUAGAUCGUAUGAAAGAACUUAUUAAAUACAAGGGAUUUCAAGUUCCACCAGCUGAAUUAGAAGCAAUAUUAUUAACUUGCCCUGAAAUUAAAGACGCGGCGGUUAUUGGACUACCGCAUGAAGAAGCAGGCGAACUACCGGCUGCUUUUGUUGUUAAGCAAGAAGGAUCUAAUAUAACAGCAGAAGAUAUUAUUAAAUUCGUAAAUGAACGUGUAUCAAGCCAUAAACGACUUCGAGGUGGUGUUAAAUUCAUUGAAAAUAUUCCACGAACUGCAUCGGGAAAAAUCUUACGACGAAUCCUGCACGACACACUCAAAUCAAAAUUGUAAAAAAUUGACAAAAAGAAUGAGACAUUUCCAAUUUAAA